AUGAAGACCUCACUGAAAGAGACGCUAGUGACUGUCAGCAACAACACUGACAGCUGCCAGAACAACGAAUCCCUGUGCUUUAAUAGUAACUCCGUCAAAGUGGAAGAUAAAGAGUUCACGCCGCCGGAUUAUAAAGCGCUGUGUCGCAGCGUCGCUCCCAAGGGCUACGAGGACUUGUAUUACCCACUAGCCGAGGGCGGCAAGCUUCGCUGUGUGACCAACUGUACCUCGGGUUUGCCCAACACUGUCAACUGCAACUUCGGCCAGUGCGUCCUGGAGAAGAGUGGGCCCAUUUGCCGCUGCUUCUCCACCCCCUCGCACUGGUACUCGGGCCCAUACUGCGAGGUGGCCGUGCCCUGGAGGUCCCUGGUUGGGGGCCUGGCCGGGGCCGGAGCCGUGUUGCUGCUGCUGCUGGGGGCAGCGGUGAGCUACUACGUGGUGCGACGGAGGCGCAGGGGCCGCAUGGACGAAGGCCGCCCUGAGGACUACAACUCGAGUUGGUUUGACGUCUGCGAUGAGAACUCCGUGGGGACCUUUACCAACCUGGGCUUCGAGGAUGAGCGAAAUGGCUCUUUCCUACCAUCUCCCCUUUCCUUCUCCUCCCUCUAG